CGUGCCGGGCUCGAAAAGCUUGGGAGAUCUGCUUGGAGCUUCAGAUGGCUGAUGAGGCUCUGGGCUUUCGGAUUGGUGACGGCUACAUGCGCCCUUGAUGCACGCUCCACUGCAAUUGACUGCAUCUCAUGUGUGGAAAUGGAAGGGUCUUGGCAGUUGGAUUCAUGCCACACGGAAGAUCUGGGCGACUGCCCCAUCGCAGACGCUGACUGCUGUACCAAUGCAGAAUGCUGUGUCACGAGUGGCUGCCGCUCCCCCGAAGACAUGCUCGUUGAAAACCCAUUUGCCCAUCCAGUGUCCUGCCACCGUUGUUGCGAGGAGUCGCCUGAGGGAUGCAAGUUUCGCACUUAUGUGGAUGGUGCCGCGACAUAUUCAGAACCGCAUUACAAUGUCGAAGAAAUUGCUCCAGGGAAAAACUGCGCAGAUGUUUGGCCCGAUCCAAGCGUCACGUGCCCACCGUGCGCUUACUGCGACCUUCAUACAGAGCAGGGUUUGCUUCAAAGACUCUCCGAGUGCAAUUGCGAGAUGAUCCAUGCGGAUUGCCGGGAAGAGACGUCUUGCGAGUGCUACUGCCAAAAGCAGGCGCAGGGUCUUGUGCGCUGCCCGCACUUACUGCGACGGCUCCGGUCAGAGCUGUGA